GGUACCUAGAAUGUAUUGCACUCCGAAAAUUCACAAGGAGGGGAACCCACUCCGACCGAUCGUCGACUAUACAGGAUCUAUCGGUUAUAACAGCUCGAGGCUGUUAGCAGAUGUAUUAGGUCCACUAGUGGGAUUAAGUGAGUACCAUGUGAAAAACUCUAAACAUUUGUCAGACUCGUUGAGUACAGUGAUGAUUGAAGACAACGAAGUGUUUGCCUCACAUGACGUGGUGUCACUUUUCACCAACACCCCCAUCGACAAGGCCCUAUCAGUCAUAAGAGACCGCCUAGAGAAAGACAAGACCCUAAAAAAGAGAACCAAGCUGAGUGUGGAUGACAUCAUGAAUCUAACAUACUUUAUUUUGACUACAACAUACUUUCAGUUCAGAGGUGACAUAUACCAACAAAAGUUUGGCACCGCUAUGGGAAGUCCAGUAUCUCCGAUAGUGGCUAAUCUGUAUAUGGAGUUUUUGGAAAGAGAAGCCAUUGCAACUGCUCCGGUGACAUGUAAACCAACCUUGUGGAAACGCUACGUAGAUGACAUAUUAGAGAAGAUUCAGAGAGGACAACUACAGAACCUCACUGACCACCUCAACACUGUAGACGUUACCAAUAACAUCAAGUUCACCCACGAAGAAGAAAGCAACGGGGCCAUUCCAUUCUUGGAUACUCUCAUCACCAGGAAGGAAGAUGGCAGUAUCAAACUGCUAGUAUAUAGAAAGAAAACCCACACGGACCAAUACCUGAAUUUUUCAUCCCACCACCCAUUACAGCACAAGCUGAGCGUGGUCAGAACUCUAUUAGACAGGUGCUACAACCUCGUCACCGAAACUGAAGAUAGAGAUAAAGAGGAAGAACAUGUAAAACAAGCUUUAGGCCAGUGGCUAUCUGAAGCAGUGAGCCGGGUGUUUAAUAAACAUCGAGUCGCCACGGCCAUGCGCCCACAUCAGACACUACGCAACAUCUUAGUGCACCCCAAGGACAAACAGGAAACAACAGAGAAAGCAGAAGUAAUUUACAAAAUACCUUGUAAAAAUUGUGAUAAAGUCUACGUGGGAGAAUCGGGGCGAAAAUUUGGAAUAAGACUGAAUGAACACAAAAAAGAUUGUGAAACAAACUCAAAUAAGGCAUUUACUAGAUCAACUAGAAAACAAUCAGAAUCGACAAUAGAAAAAAGUGCAAUCACAGAUCACCAGAACAUAAAUAAUCAUGAAAUAGACUGGGAGGGGGCACGCGUAAUAGAGAGAGAAUCAGACUGGAGAGUGCGAAAAACGAAGGAGGCUAUCUGCAUCAAAACUGAGGGGGCAGUUAUGAACCGGGACGAGGGGGCCUUCCUUUCUGGGAUUUACAACCCACUUUUCGCCGGAUUACGGAAAUUCGGCGGGAAGUCCCGAGUGUCAGAGCUGCGAGUGAGCGAUAAUCAGGCCAGUUGCUCUGAUGAUGUCCACAGUGUUGGACGAAAAUUUCAGCUUUAA